CUUUCCUCCACCAUCUCAGCAACAAUGGCAAGCACACUCUUAGACCAAGUAUCGGUGGAGGAGUCGGGUCCCGACCAAUUCGUCUCCCGCUUCAACCCGGGCCGCAUGGGAAACACGGCGAACAUCGCCUACGGAGGAUGCACCCUCGCCGCCGCCGUACAAGCGGCGUGCCGGACGGUCUCGCCGGAAUACCUCCUCUACUCGACCCUCGGCAACUACCUCGGGCCGGCCCUGACGGACCGCAAGCUGACCUGCUCGGUGCGCCGGGUGCGCGACACGAGGACAUUCGCCACGCGGCAAGUCGAGGUCAGCCAGGAGCAGCAGGACGGCGCGCCGAGGCGCCUGUGCAUGGUCGUCCUGGCGGACUUCCAGGUGCGCGAGCCGGCGUCGCUGCUGGCCUACUCGGCACCGCCCUCGAGGUCCUACUCCCCGGUCGAGAGGUGCCUCGGCGCGGCGGAGGCGGGCGAGGAGAUGGUCCGGAGCGGGGUCGUGCCGCGCAAGCUGGUCGGGCUGCACGGCGUCAUCUUCGGCCUCAUGGCCCGGUUCUUCGAGACCCGGCAGGCGCCCGAGGGGGUCUCGGCGCAGAACCUGGGUGGCCUGGCGAAGGGGGUUAGGACGGACCAGGACGACCUCCCCAUCACGUCCAAGACGUCGGCGGACUGGUUUCGCUGCCGCCACCGUCUCGAUCGGCGGGAGGACCAUCACGCCGGCUUGGCGUUUGUGAUGGAUGGGGCGCUGUCCUUCAUGCCGUUGACGCACAGCGGCAUGUUUGUCGACGAUGUUGCGGCGUGCUCCAGUCUCGACUUUGCUCUGCGAUUCUUCACGGGCGAUGUGGACUUGAACAAUUGGCACCUGAGGGAGCUGAAAACAGUUGCCGGUGGAGAGGGAAGAACGUACACCGAGUCUCGGCUCUGGGAUCAGUCUGGCACCCUGGUCGCGAGCAUGACGCAGCAAUCCAUAUUGCGACCGAAAAGGACGGCUAAACCGGCCCUUUGAUCUUGAUUCAAUUACUCCGUCUUGUACAGAUUCCCAGCUCGACAGCGAGUAGGGCAGUCUUGAUUCUCAGUCCGGAAAAGGAAAUAUAGAACUAGAAGGACGAAGCUAAGCGGCGACUUGGCGGGAGUUCCGCGAUGCAAAUCAGGAGGGCAUCUAGAUCAGUCAAAGCGAAGAUGGAGGUCACUCGAAUGCUUUCUGAUCCCUUCUCGCAAUCAUAGGAAGGAUUUAUAUCACUCAAAAGUCACUCCAGAAUUGGGCGGCUACGAUAUUCAGGAUGGGCAGUGUCCCGUCGAUGCCAAGAUCUCGGACUC